AGCGGUAAUAGUCGUAAAAAGUUUGCGCCUCCGUUUCGGAUCGACUAUAACCACCGAGGCUGACGAACAUCCGGGUAUUCUGUCGAGAUGGUCAUGGCGGAGGGUACUGCAGUUCUCAGGAGGAAUCGGCCUGGAACCAAGGCUAAGGAUUUCUACAACUGGCCGGAUGAAUCAUUUGAGGAGAUGGACAGCACCCUGGCUGUCCAACAGUACAUUCAGCAGAACAUCCGAUCAGAUUGUUCCAACAUCGACAAAAUCCUGGAGCCUCCGGAAGGUCAAGACGAAGGGGUGUGGAAGUAUGAGCAUCUCAGGCAGUUCUGUCUGGAGCUCAAUGGACUAGCUGUUAAACUGCAGAGUGAGUGCCAUCCAGACACUUGCACCCAGAUGACAGCCACAGAGCAGUGGAUCUUUUUAUGUGCUGCCCACAAGACACCCAAAGAGUGCCCCGCCAUUGAUUACACCAGGCACACGCUGGACGGAGCUGCCUGUCUUCUCAAUAGCAACAAAUACUUCCCCAGCAGGGUGAGCAUCAAGGAGUCGUCUGUAGCCAAGCUGGGCUCCGUUUGUCGUCGCAUCUAUAGGAUAUUCUCUCAUGCUUACUUCCAUCACCGCCAGAUAUUCGACAAGUAUGAGAAUGAGACGUUCCUGUGUCACCGGUUCACGCGCUUCGUGAUGAAGUACAACCUGAUGUCCAAGGACAACCUGAUCGUUCCCAUCCUGGAGGAGGAAGUGCAGAACACCUCGUCAGCCGGAGAGAGCGAGGCCUAAGAGCAGCUGCUGCCAGUAAAGGGAGACACAUGUAAACACGAUAUUCACACUGAUUCUUCACACACACACACACACAAACACACUACAGUGUUGUAUUAAGGCUCCUGUCUAUUAACACUGUCAUGUCCCCAGUCACCUGUGUCUGUCUGAGAGGAAGUAAAGCUAGAGAGUAGAGGAUACUUUCUCACUCAAACAUGUCCAUAGGAUGCUGCUCUGUCGUUUCGUUUUACAAAAUAUUCACAGCAUUAACUUGUUUAGAUUUAAAUCCCUCAUGGCUCUACUGGAAUUUAUCAAUGCUCUGGUGCCUCCAAACUCUUGUCACUCGGCUUCAGUUCGUAAUGUCGCUCCUGAUUUGAUUAUUUUCCUAUUAAUUAUUAUUUCCUUAUUAAUUAUUAAUAUUUUCCCUCUUGUUUACCAUCUUGGUCUUUGUUAGUCUAAUAGUGAUUAAGACACUUGUUGGGAAGCAUACGUUGCAUUAAUUCCUUUGACUGUCAACCAGUCUCAUAAUUAAAUCCAGAUGUUAAGAAUCACAGUCUCACUAUAACAGAUUAGGUGGAGCCCAAACUUGAACUAAAGGAAUAUUACAGUUUGAUGUCAGUGUUGUUUUUCUAAUUUCCCCAAGUGGUCAAAACCAGUGUUUGCAGAUUUUAAUAUAGCGUAAAUUCAGAUGCUCAGCAGUGAUGUAACAGUUAAUUUAAAAAUAACAAAUUUACAUGUUCCUUGAAAGGUGUUAAUUAUGACCCUGAUAUAUAAAGCAAAAUAAUAAAUUUACAACAAAUUGGCAAAAAUGUAUACAGAAAACAACCAUUAAAAGAUAAUAAGUUAACAAAGAUUAAGACUCUCAGGCUACUUUCCACUGCUGGAAAUUCAAAUGAGAAUGAAAUUUAAAAUGUUUAAACCCCCUCAAAAAUACAAAAAGUUACCGAAGAAACAUGUUCUGUUUAAAACCCUGUUAGCUCCUGGUGGAAACUCUUAACAGCAACUAAAUCAAUGCUGAGUGUUAAAGUAAAGUGGGACUGUGACUGCGCUGCCUGCUGUGGACAUGUUGGGGUGUAGGGGUGGUGACUGGUUUCGCUAUUGGCCUCCCUCUGUAAAUAACUGUCAUGUUUUCUGAUGGUGCUUCUGUUCUAUUCGCUUGUGUUGCCUGUUGUGUUUUUUUUGUUGUUGUUGGGGGGUGUCCCAUGGAACAGAUCAGUGAUCAGCCGGCUGAUUAAAUAACAUUUUUCAAAACACGAUGUAGGUGUGCGGCUUGUGUGGUAGUGAACAUUAAUCUGUAGCUUCGUGUGUAUCCUAGCUGAAGUGUUACAGGAAGGUUAAUAACUCUGAUCCUCAUCUAACAUGACCCCCACCCCCCCCACCACCACCUCCACCGCUUUAACUCCAUGUGAUCCAUGUUCCUCCUUUGUGGUUGUUGAUUAGUGAGGAGGAAUGUGGGCUACAUGUUAGCAUCAGAGCACAACUUCUUCUCUCAUUAAAUUAUUUUGUGGGUCUUCUCAAUCCAACCCACUUUUUCUUUCUUUUUUUUUUUAAAUGGACUAAAAAAAAGAUUUUUGUUACUGUCGACAUUUUCAUGAUGUCUGUUAAUAAAAAAAACAAACUGAUAUUCA